AUGUCCCAGCCCGAAGCCCAGACCAAGAACCGCGAAGAAGACCAGACCGAAACUCCUCAGGAGGAAAAGACCUCUGGCAACGAGGCUCCCUCCGAAGCCCCCUCCGACGACAAGCCUGAAGAGUCGGAAGACAAGUCUGAGAACUCUGAAGACAAGUCUGACGACAAGCCCCAACAACAACAACAACAGUCUGGCGAGGAGGGCGGUUCCCCCGUGGACGCUGCUACCAAGCCCGUCGAGCAGACUGCCGACACUGCCCAGGACGUCGCCAAGGGCGCCACCGACCAGGUUGGUGACGUCGCCGGGACCGCUUCUGGCUUGACCGAGGGCGCCACCGAGCCCGUUGGCCAGGUCGCCGACACUGCCCAAGGUUUGACCAAGGGCGCUACCGAGCCUGUCAACCAGGUCGCCGACACUGCCAAAGGGACCCUCGGCAACGUUGGCAAGUCUCUCGGCGGUGUCACUGGCGGUGGUGGUGGAGGGGAUGAGAAGAAGGGAGACCAGGCUUUGGGACCUUUGAAGAGCAGGAGAAAGCCUUUGGCCAACGAGCUUGCCGACACGCCCCCCGAGCAGCAGCCUGGUGGUGGAAAGAAGGACGACGAGAAGGGGUCGCUUAGGAUCAACAUCUCGCUGGAUCUGGAUGUCGAGGUGCAUCUGACGGCGAGGGUGAAGGGUGACAUUACGAUUGGUCUUCUAUAA